CCUUUGUAUAAAUUGCAGUCCAUUCCGUUCAUUCUUGUUUUGCAAGCAAGGAGUGGGUUUUGCCUCAAAUGUAAAAGCUUUUCAACACUGUAAAGCAUUAUGGCAAGCGAAGAACAAGCACAAGCGGAAGCCUCACCGGCCGAAGCGCCUGUAGUUGUGGAAGAAAAGAAAGAAGUUAGGAGAGCUGUUGUGUUGACUGGAACUGGAGGUCUCAAUAAAGUUGACGUCCAAAAGAUUCCCAAACACAAACCCAAAGAAGGUCAUGUAUUGGUAAAAGUUCAUGCCAGUGGUUUGAAUUUUGCUGACAUUAUGCAGAGACAAGGUCUAUAUCCAGGUGCCCCACAAAUUCCAUAUGUCAUGGGUUAUGAAUGUUCAGGAGUUGUUGAAGCUGUUGGCGAAGGGGUCACACAGUUUGAGGUUGGUGCAAGAGUAAUAGCGAUGUCAGCAUCACUGGGCAUGAUGGCGGAGUAUGUCUGUGUUCCUGUUGUGGGAGUCUUUGUGAUACCAGAUUCAAUGUCAUUUGAAGAUGCUGCAGCCCUUCCUUUAAAUUAUCUCACAGCUUAUCAAAUAUUAUUUGAUCUUGGUCACUUGAGCGAGGGUGAAAGUGUCUUGGUGCAAAUGGCAGGUGGUGGCGUAGGGGUUGCUGCAACUCAAUUAUGUAAAACGGUGCCAAAUGUUACUGUUUUUGGGACUGCUUCUCAACCAAAGCAUGAAAAAAUCAAAGAACAAGGCGUAACACAUCCUAUUGAUUAUCGAAACAACUGCUUUGCAAAGGAAGUGCGCAAAAUUCAGCCUGAAGGGGUGGACAUUGUCAUGGAUCCUCUUGGAGGCAAAGACACAAUGAAAGGAUAUGAUUUACUCAAACCGUUUGGAAGAAUUAUUUGCUUUGGUAUGGCAAAUAUUGUGAAGGGUCAGUCUAAGAGCAUUUUUUCCUCCGCAAAAAUAUGGUAUCAAUCUUCCAAUUUCUCUCCGUUCAAACUAAUGACUGACAAUAGAGUUGUCGCUGGUUACCAUGCUGGUAGGCUAGGAGUGAAUUACCCAGACAAAAUUCGAGCUCCGAUGGAAGCACUUAUCAAAUUACAUGAAGAAGGAAAAAUCAAACCAGAAGUACACCAAGUCUUUUCUUUGGAAGAGAUACGAGCGGCGAUGCAGUGUAUGCAAGAUCGUAAAAAUGUUGGUAAAGUAUUGUUGUCUCCAUUGAAAUCUCCUCCUGAACCACCGAAAGAACCGGAAAAACCAGCUAAAGAACCCGAGAAACCAGCCAAAGAACCGGAAAAACCGGCUGAAGAACCAGAAAAACCGGCUGAAGAAGCUGAAAAACCGGCUGAAAAGCCCGAAGAAAAUGUGGAAGACAAACCAAGUGAAGACAAACCAAGUGAAGACAAACCAAGUGAAGAUGCAGGUGAAGAGAGCAAGGAAGAACCGAAGGAAGAUGAAAGCAAAGACGAAGGAGAGAAACCAGCAGAGGACGCUUGAUUUAUUAAACGAAAUAUAGAGUAGAAAGAUUUUGCCUUUUUCGUAGAAAGUCCGCUUUAGAUAUGUUCUUAUAUGUGAAGCUUAGAGAAAUUAGGACUGCAAUUUUUUCCCAGAUGAAAGUUUCAGACUAGUACCGCGCUAUAGUGAUUUCUGCUGUUGUGACGAAGAGAUUUCUACUCUAAGAAUUCAAGAUAUUUUUGUAUCUCUAAUAUUACGUAGUGUUAAGAGAUUUAGGCAAUGCCUGUUACAUUCAAUGUUAUUUUAUGUAAUGAUUGAAAUAGGAAAUUAUUAAAUAUAACGAUUACA